AUGCAAAGUCUACUUUCCGACCCAAAAUUACUGCAAGAUUUUAAAACCUUCCUUGACGAACACUCUCAUGGCGAUGAUCUUAAAAAUGAUUUGAUCUUUGUGGAAGCCAUGACACAGCUCCAUCAUGAAAGCGAUUCGAAAAAGAUUGAGUCAUUGAUGCAUAGAAUCUACAAGACCUUCCUUGCCCCUGAUGCAACUUUGCCACUCCCCCAUGUCUCUACAGGCAAGCAAGUAAAGCGUGAUUUACGAUCGCUCGCUUGGAGCAUCCUGGGUCAAGAAGAUGUCACCGAUGUUCUCAAGGAUACUGAAGACCAAGUGGAAACCAAAAUGAUGCACAUGAUCAAAGAAUUUGAGCAAUACAAGGGAAUCAAUAUCAGUCAAUCGUUAAAGUCAACAGAAUUGCACCCCUAUCAAGUACGAGUCGUCAUCGUUGGUGGUGGAUUUACAGGAUUUACUGUUGCAUCCAUCUUGGAUCGUAUGCCCUUAUUUCACGUCACGUUGAUUGACACAAAAGCUUGCUUCGAAUACACUCCUGGGAUCGUUAAACGCAUUGUUCAUCCCGAAGACAAUGAAUCAGAUGCUUUACGAGUACGCCAUGAUUCCUAUGUACGCAACGGCAGAGUCAUUAUUGGUUACGCUGAAGGCAUUUGUAACAAUGCAACCUCCAUUCGUGUUAAUGGUGAAAAGAUCUUUUUUGAAUACCUCUUGAUUGCCACUGGCAGCUCCUAUACCUCGGAUCUCAAGUCCACCGAUCCUUCUUAUAUUUACCGAUUAUCUGGUUUACAUCAAGUGAGCCAUGAUUUAGCCAAAGCCAAGCGCGUUUUGAUUGUGGGUGGCGGCCUAGUGGGUUGUGAACUAGCCAUUGAGAUUGCCGAAACAUGGCCUGAAAAGCAUAUCACCCUGGUGGAAUCGCAUCCUAUCCUGGUCUAUCGAGCAAAACAACCAGAGCAAGACAAAGUUAGGGCAUUCCUAAGCGAUGAACUUGGCGUGGAAGUCGUAUGUGAUGAGCGCAUCACCGAUGUGGGUGAAGGCGAGUAUAUGGGUACCAGCGGACGCAUGUACAAGGAUUACGACAAGGUGUUCAUGGCAACCGGUACACGUCCACAAGGCCGUCUUUUGCUCAGUGGCAGCAGCCAUCUCGAUUCCUGUGUCGAUUCCUAUGGUCGUAUCAUGGUCAAGCCAACAUUGCAAAUCGAUCAUCCUGAAUACACGCAUAUUUUUGCUGGUGGUGAUGUGACAAACGUCAAAGAGGAAAAGACCGGUUAUGCUGCUACACUUGCUGGUGUGUGUAUUGCUCGUAAUAUUUGCCGUAUGUGCAAAGGCAAGAAACCCCUUCAGCAAGGCGCCAAAGGUACACUACCAGCACCUGAUCAACCCUUGUCCAGCUUGCUCGCUGAUAUGAAUGAAAACCAUCGAAGGCGGAAAAGCAUGGACAAGAUCAAAAAGUAUCUUGGAUUCCUCAACCCGACAUGGGCAGCACUCAAAUGCUAUGACGAACAAGAAUAUCUGCAAAUGGUUCAAGGCGAAUCAUCAAGUCCCAUAACACAGCCUUUUGGCCGUUUACCUCGUACCCUUUGUAAACAUCCUACCUCUCGUAACCGCUUCAUGAAAUCUGCAUCCUUCCUUUGUCUUGAUAGAGAAAAUUUACAUCCUAAUAGAGAUUGCAAGUAA